GAAGAACAUGGUAGGCAAUUCAGCUAUUGAACUUGUUGGAUACAUGGGAUGUCCGCCAUGAGAUUGAGAGGCUAUGUGCAUGGUAUUGUAAACUCUGGGAUCGCUUUUUCAGUGGCCUGUUGUAAGUUAUCAUUUAGCGGUGCUGCUUUCUCAGGAACAUUAUUGUUGUACAUGAAUCCAGGAAGACAUGUAUAGCAAUUCAUGGUAUAUAUGUUAACCAUCAAACUAUCACGACUGUCACUACGCUCGGUAAGAGCAUCGUUAUUUUAAAAGUAUCUCUUCGCACUCGAGCCUCUUCCUUUUCCCAAAGCGAUCUGUUUUAGCCAUCCAUCUUUGGACCUCUUCGGUGCAGGAAUACAGUCAUCCACGAUCCCGCACUACACCAUUCAUAUCAAUUGACGCAAACAACAAAACACUGCAUGAACCGCCGUGAACGCGAACACACAACGAUGGUGGCGGCGGAAUUAAGGGAUUCGGCCGGGUACUCGGAAUUUACCACGUGGCAUCCCUGAGUUGCCCCGUAUCUCUGUGCCUGAAAGGACGCAUCUGUUGACCGCUGUUGAUUUCUACGAGCAGUAAAACCAUCGCGUAUCUCUUGUUAUUUCUUCUUCUCCAGCAAGCCGGCAGCCACAACAAUAGGCAUUCUAUCUUCACCCUAUACUUCCCGCUACUCUCUAAUCUCGGCUCCCUCUGGAUCCUUCUUCCCUGGACAGCAGACACUCUUUUUCUUGGAAUCGACGAAUCCACCAAACAAAAGUUGAGCAAUAAACAAGGCCGCACACGAGAAGCUACGAAGUAGUACGAAUAUAACGACCAUUCCAAUAUACAUACAUAGAUCACUCUCUAAACUCAGAUUCAGUGUCCGUGACAGAGACCUCCACUUCAAACAUCAAAACCCAAACAAUGAGCAAGAAGUAUCACCAGAAGGCUUACACCGCCGAAGAGAAACGAAAAGCCAUUCAGAUGUACGAAGAGAAGAUUCAUUACAGUGCCAGAUAUUCUAAUGAUGAAUGGGAGUUCAGACAUGUCAUUAUUCCAAAACCCCUUGUCAGAUUCAUUCCUCCUGGCGUCUGUGCUGAAGAAGUUUGGAGAGGGAUUGGGAUUAGACAGUCCCCUGGAUGGGAGAUGUAUAUGCGUCACGAGCCUGAACCGCAUGUCCUCCUCUUCCGUCGCCCUAAAAAUUACGACCAAAUUCACCGACCAUUUUCCCAAACAUUAGCCGCUCGAAAGCUCAACAUUAGCCGUGAAGUCACAGCUCAUCCUGCUCCAGCAAAGUAAUCAAUGCGCUCAAGCGUUGCCGGAUCCCUCUCUCGCCUUUGUAUUGCAAUAAUGUGCCUGUCUCUAAUUCUUUUACUGCAUUAAGUUUUAUUAUCUUGGUCUUCGUCAUUUGUUUGAAAUGGCGCGUAGUUUGUUUUUUAUAGCAUUUUUUGUUACCAUUGAGAGGCAUAUUAAGAUUAGGAAUAAAAGGGAGGUGUGCUAGCCGCAAUUACGAACGAAAGUAACCGCGUCAGUAAUUAGAAAUCCCAUGGCAUGGAUGUAAGAAGUCUAAACCAAAAAAU